AUGGACGCACACCACUACCACGAUGGGGCCCGGCGGGACAGCGCGAGUAGCGCCUGUCACCAUGUCACUACGCCUGAAAACUUGGAGCAGCUGCAGCGCAUGUGCACCGGGACCUCGAGCGUGAAUUACCCCAUCCUAGCCGACCCCAACUCGGCCCACGCCCGCGGCAUUGACCAAACAGGGCGCUACGUGUACGGCGCUCCCCUUAUCGCUACGUCAUUGCCUCUGUUUUGCAGCGGCAUUGCGGCCGAGGAGGCCUUUGGUCCCUUGUCGCCCAUGGAAUCCGACACUUUUGACACGGCGACUCUGUCCUACGUCGAGAGCCCAGCCGGCUUCGGGUACCACACCGUCGGCGGGGCUGGCCUUGCCCCUCUGGAUGUAUCCAUGCAGGACGCACACGAUGCACACAACGCACACAUUGUCACGUGGGCGGGACCAGUCCCCUCCGUCUCCUCAGGGUCAGAUAAUACCGACAGCCGCCUUUGCCAACAGCUUCCGCCACGUGAUGUUGCUACCCAAUCAUCUUGGCUGGCGUCUCCUCCGCUUAGCGAAGUCCAUCUCCUGUCACCAACCUUCACCGUCUUCCAUUCCUCCCCACCCCCGCUGCCUGAGCCAGAGCACAUCCUGCCUGAACCAGAACAUACCAUGCCCAAGACCAAGACAGCUGCCCAGUCGCCCUCCGAGAUCUACAUCACUGUCGUUACUACCCAGCGCCGCGGCAACGAAGGAAGAGACAAGCCGUCGUCCCGAAAGCCCGGCUCUGAAGCGAAGCCGCCUAGGCGCGCCACCAAAGUUGCUGGUGUGAACAAGCGUGGCCAGAGCGACAAGAAGAAAACGAGCAAGGGCAAGCCUCGGGCGGCUAUGAGCACCGCCCGUCCGGCAACCACAAUGCACGACGAGAUCGACGCCGUCCACAGCAACAGGCCUUCUCCUAGUCCGGGAGUCUACCAGACGCUUGGAGAAUACGAGCAUCGCGUUCGCGAAUGGCACAACCAGAUCGGCAAGAAGUACCGGAACAAGCUGAACGAGCAGUUCGACUGCCUGCAGGCCAUCCUAUGCAUCAACGCGUCGGCCACCAGGUCUCAGCAGCAACAGGUGACUGAUCCGCCCACACUCCCGGGCGACGGUGGACAUGCUAACGCGACGGGACAGACUGCCCCGUGCGGAGAAAGCCCGGACGGCCACGUCAGGGUCGGCCGCCGUACCAUCAACAAGGCCAAAGUGCUAGCCAUGGCGCGCGAGCGGAUCGAGGUUCUAACGGAGGAAAAGGCCGCCCUGGCGGCUCAGGUUGAGGAAUUUAAGAGACAGCAGACCUAA